AUGGAGGAUACCUAUGAACAAGAUCAUGACAUCCCAAGUGCGCACCUUGCUACAUUUUGUAUCUGUUUUCAUGGCAUUUACGAACCACCAGCGGUAACAGGUCAGCGCCCUUCGCAGCGCAAGCCUAGGCCAGUCCCAAGAGAUUUCCAGGACAUUCUACCCCCCAACGAAGACAUCAACCCCUCAGAUUCCUCUGGGAAUGAUCUGUCUUCUGUGGUGGAAACUCAGAACCCACCUCGCAGCAAGAUUCAAAGAGUCCUUUUGACUCUGCAUGAUUCUCUUCAAACCUCAUUCAACAUAAUUGGACUCUGUCGAAAAUAUCCUAGGCGACCCUCAUUUGAGCCUGACAAAUACAUCCCUUCUUCGCUGCUGGCUAUCUCGAGUCCAACGACUGCCAAUGCCCAGAGGCCCGAACCAUCUCUCAAACCACCGUAUCCCUUCCCCAACAUGACCGUCUACCGUCUUAUGUCGUGGAUGAACUCCGGCAGUCAUCACAAAUCGGAGGCUGAAAUAUCACGCCUCAUUAAAGAUGUGAUUCAGGCAGAGGAGUUCAAUCCUAGGGACCUGGAUGGGUUUUUUGUUAGGGAGAGCUUGCAUACGUUGGACAAUAGCGGAGGAGAGGGGACAGCCAAUUUUCCGGAUGACUGGUUAGAGACAGGUAUCACCCUUGACAUACCUACGAAGUCUAAGGACGAGCCAUCCAGGUUGUUUAACGUCCCAGGCUUUCAUUACAGGCCACUCGUAGGAGUGAUUCGUUCCACAUUUGCUGACAUUCAGGCCAAUGCAUUCCAUCUUCUCCCCUUCAAGCGCCUGUGGAAGAAUCCUCUGGACGGCCAUCAAGAGCACUUAUUCAACGAGCUGUAUACCUCUGAUUCCUGGCUAGAGGCUCAGGAUGACUUGCAGAGACAGCCAAGGGAACCUAACUGCUCACUUGAGCGUGUCAUUGCUGGACUAAUGUUCUUUUCUGAUGCGACCCAUCUAGCAACCUUCGGAACAGCCAAGGCUUGGCCUCUUUACAUGUACUUUGGAAAUUUAACCAAGUACGCGCGCUCAGCACCCAAAUCUGUGUACCCCCAUGGAAUUGUACUUCAGUGUCCGGACGGCAUAUGGAGAAGGGUAUUUCCACGCAUAUUCACUUACUCCACCGAUUAUCCAGAGAAGGUCUUGAUAGCGACAAUAAAGGACACGGGCUCUCGCCCUUGUCCGCGCUGUCUCACUCCAAAGGCCUCCUUUGAUUUCCUGGGCCUAUUCAAAGACAUGCAGGGCCAUGUAGCUAACCUCAGGACCUACUGCCUGGACAGUGUAACAAGUGCUCGCACAUUCAUAUAUGGUCGGGAAAAUACUGUUAAUGGCUCAAAGGUGCAGGCAGCGCUUGGAGGAGGAUUGUGGGUGCCUACCAAGAACACAUUUGCAGAAAAUCUUGGACCCCUAGGAUUUGACACCUUUCGCAUGCUCGUCGUUGAUUUUAUGCACGAAUGCGAGCUAGGUACGUGGAAGGCGCUGUUUACUCUUCUGAUCCGUUUGCUCUAUGCCCUCCCGGGCGGCGACUGCCUGGUUGCAACUCUUGACAGCAGAUUUCGCCAACUUCCAUCAUACGGCAAUGGGGUCAUACGCAAAUUUGCCAACAACACUUCAGAAAUGAAGAGGCUCGCAGCAAGAGACUUUGAGGACAUUUUGCAGUGCGCUAUACUGGUCUUCAAAGGACUAUUCCCAGAAGACCACGACAACGUUGUACAAUCACUUUUGUAUAGAUUUGCCCAAUGGCAUGCCCUUGCGAAAUUAAGGAUGCAUUCCAAAACAACCCUGUCCGCUUUGGAUACAACCUUCAAAUACCUCUCCGGUAAACUACGCAGGUUCUGCGACUUUACCUGUGCUGCUUUUGCUACCUUAGAGUUGCCCAGAGAAAAAGCUGCUCAUGAGCACAAGGCUGCCCACGAACGUUCAGCUUCUGAUAACCCAGGUGUGGGGAGCGGCGGCCGAAAGGCCAAGAAAUUUAAUUUGAAUACCUACAAAUUUCAUGCUAUGGGUGACUAUCCACGGUCAAUCCAGCUCUUCGGAACCAUAGACUCAUAUAUCUCCCAAAUCGGAGAGCUGGCCCAUAGAGCACUGAAAGUGUUCUAUCCAUUGACCAACAAACUAGAUACCUCAGCGCAACUCGCUAAGCAUGAACACUGUUGUCGUGUCCUCAGGCGAGUUCAGGAGGAUUUUGUACCAAAACUCAAGGACCAUGUGCUCUAUCGGCUUCUCAAGUUAGAUGUCAGCUAUUGCGACCACGCUUUCACACACGAGGAGCGUAAUUCAGUCAUAAUAUCAGAGAGCAGGCUAUAUUCUGUGCAAACUAUGCAGGUCCACUAUACGACUUACGACCUCAGACGGGAGUAUGACACGGUCAAUCCUCGGACCCACUGUAAUGUCAUGGUGCUAUCUGGGGAAACGAGUCCUCAACAUCCUUACUGGCAUGCCCAAGGUUUGGGCAUCUACCACAUGGAUGCAUGGUUGAAUGUUGAAGGUCCGAUCAAAAGGCACCAAAUCGAGGUGCUUUACGUUAGAUGGCUGGCACCCUUGAGCGACCACCGGUCGGGGAUGAGGUGUGCUAGGCUUCCUAAGGUCGCUUUCAUUGAGGAGUCCGACCGCGAUGCCUUUGGCUUUCUUGACCCUGGUCAGGUCAUCCGGGGUGCACAUCUGAUCCCGGCUUUUGCCUCUGGGCAUGGAACCACCUCCCUUCGCCAUGGAAAGUCAUUUGCACGUCAGUGCGGCAGUUUAGAUGACUGGGAGGCUUACUAUGUUGGCAUAUUCAUUGACAGAGAUAUGCACAUGCGUUACACGCACCAUGGAGUUGGGCAUCCCGCAGCCCUGCGGGAGAUAACGAAGGACUCGCGGACAGCCCAGCAUCGGAGGAAGACGAGAAUGACGACAACAGCGACUGGGUUGAAGCCUACGAGGGCGACAGGUUAUGGCGACAGUGAUGGUGAAGGAAGGGGGGAAGGCAAUGAUAGCAGCGAAGAAGACCAAGACGCCGAUGAAGACCAAGGAGAAGAUGAGAAUGAAGAUGCAGAUCAGUGCGAUGAAGAUGAAGAUGAAGAUGAAGGGGUAGACGAAGCAGAUGACUGGGAGAUGGAAGAUGGUAGGGACCAGGAAGAAGACUAUGGGUCUUUCUGA